AUACGAAUGACUUGAAUUUAACUUUAAUAUAAUUAAAAAUAUAAAAAAUAACAAUGAUGGCCAACAUUUGCACGUUUAUGUUAAGUUGUUUUGCUAUAACGUCGAAUAUAAAAACAAUUGAAUCAACCCGUAACCAGAUUGCUCCUUUGCGAUUAUACACUCAAUCAACUGGUCCAAGCUAUGUACAAACCAUAAAGAGUUUGAUAACAUUUAACAACAAAAAUCCAGUUAGUAUUACAAACAAAGACAAUGCACUCCUGACAGCCAAUUAUUUGGGAACUUUUGUGGAUUACCAAUUAAAAUUAAAAAGCCGUGAAAAAUUAGAGAAAAAAGUUAAAGACAUCAAAUGUAGUUUUGGUUUAAUAGCAAAAGGAAAACUAUUAUACUUGAAGGAAUUAUUUUUAAAGCUAGAAAAUGGAGAGCCUUUCAUUAAUGACGAGGUAACUGUAACACGUCUCAAAGAAGAAGUCGGACUUAUACUACAAUUAUUAGUGUGGGGAAAUUUAGAAACGGGAAAAUGGCUUUGGAGUUAUUAUUUAAAAAUAAUUGCAAUCAGCCAAUACGAAAAUAACAAACGUUUCAUCCAGGAAAACCCAUUCGAAGAUCAACAACUCCAAACCGGCUUUUCAGUCUUUAUAGAAAAAUGUAUAGCUAACGAUUACCUACCUAAGAAUGCAAUAGAAUCUUAUUUGGUUUUGAAAAAGCCAGAGAUAUAUAAAAAAAUGUUUUGUGAUCUUCGCGAAUCCAGAUGGAAUAGAGAUGUGUUAAGGGGCGGUUUUUUGGUCACGACAGACUUUUUAUAUCUUAAACCAUUUUUGGACGACGCAAAUCAAAUAUUGUUCAGACAUAUAGUCGGAGUCAAUGUCGAUUGGAGUAAUGUAAAACAACGACAUGAACUCGAAACAGCUAUUACCAGAGAAUUUGUAGAAAAUCGCACUUGGAUUAACCAACCGUACGGUCGACUCGACCACCAACAUAUGGUAAUCAAAAUUAUCAGUGCCAGAUUUUAUUGUUUCUUUUCGGUUGUUCUGCAUAUCUAUGAAAAACAGUUUUCCAGACUGGACGAACCGACGAUGAUAGACACCAGAGAUCGUAUAAAUAAUGCCAUCAAAGAAGCAUUGAUUUCAAUGGGGUAUAAAGAUGAAUUCCUUUUGAAUAUUAUAUCAGAAUUUAAGUUUGGAAUAAUAGCCGAAAUCAAAGACAUAAAAGGAAUUUUAACUAGAGUGAAGACAAAGGCCAACGAGAUCCUAAACGAUUUAAAUGGUGUUAGCGCAAACAAAAUCGAUUGGCUUAGUUUCAACGUUAACGAAGGCCAACUAUCUAACACAGAUUUGAUAAUAAGAAUCAUUGAUGAUUUUUAUGAAUAUUUAAAUAAAUUAAAAGCCUUGCCGUUUGACUAUAAAGUGUUAUUGCAUUUUAUAGACGUAGUCACAUAG